AUGUCUGGCAAGCUUGACCAGUCUCUUGACGAGAUCCUCUCCACCCAGCGCCGCUCUUCUGGCGGUCCUCGUCGCCGCUCUCAGCGACGUUCCACUGGCCGUCCUGCGCCUGCUGCCCCAGUCGGCGGUGUUCAGAAGACAUCGAAGCCUGCGCGUGCCGCUGCAAACAAGCCCAACGCCGCCAAGCCUGCGCAAGGCACUGGCGACAGCAAGGUUAUCGUGAGCAACCUGCCCAAGGAUGUCUCCGAGCAACAGAUCAAGGAGUACUUUCUCACCUCAGUUGGACCCAUCAAGAGGGUGGAGAUUUCCUACGGACCCAACUCUGUCAGCCGCGGUAUCGCCAACAUCACCUUCCGCGAGCCGGAUGGCGCUAGCAAGGCCUUCAAGAAGCUGAACGGCCUUCUUGUCGACAACCGCCCCAUUAAGAUCGAGAUCGUCGUUGGUGCUUCCCAGGCCGCGAACGUCAUUCCUCCUUCCAAGACCCUUGCUGAACGCACCUCUCAACCUAAGGCUCAGCCCAAGUCCGCUGCCAACGACAAGCGGAAUGCCAACGCUAAGAAGGGACCUGCUGCGGCGAACGCUCGUGAUGGCAAGAAGCCUCGCCGUGCUCGCUCUGGCCGCCCUGCCAAGAAGACCGCGGAGGAGUUGGACUCUGAGAUGGCUGACUACUUUGAGUCCGGUGCAAACGCCAACAACGAAAACGCCGCUGCUCCUGCCGCUGCCCCUGCUGCCCCCAGUGGUGACGCUGCCAUGGAGGAGGACAUCAUGUAA